AUGCACGGCUUGUCAAAUAUUGACAUAUCCUACAAUGAGUUGCAAGGUCCCAUCCCCAAUAACCAAGCCUUUAGAAAUGCCUCGAUAGAAGAGUUGCAAGGGAACAAAGGUUUGUGUGGCAACAUUAUAGGAUUGCAACCUUGCAAAAAUCCUUCCGAGGUCAACAAAGAUAUUACGAAGUCUGGCCAUAAACUCAUUCUCGUAAUCAUAAUCCCUCUCCUUGCAGCACUUGUACUGAUAUGUGCAUUUAUGGGACUUCUCAUCAUUUCUAAAAAGAGAAAGAGAAUCUCACUUGACAAGCAGACCAAGAUGCAGAAUGGAGAUCUAUUUUCAAUAUCAACUUAUGAUGGGAGAGCAAUGUACAAUGAUGUCCUACAAUCCACAAAGGAAUUUGAUGCCACAUAUUGCAUUGGACAAGGAGGAUAUGGGAUCGUUUACAAAGCAAAGCUACAACUAGCCAACACGGUGGCUGUAAAGAAACUAUACUCUUCCGAGAUAGAGGAUUCUAAAGGUUUUCUAAACGAGGUAAGGGCGUUGACAGAGAUUAGGCAUCGAAACAUUGUGAAAUUCUAUGGUUUUUGUUCACAUUCUCGACAUUCAUUUUUGGUUUAUGAGUACCUCGAAAGGGGAAGCUUGGCCAAAAUCUUGAGCAUGGAAGAUGAAGCUAAGAAAUUGGACUGGUCUAAGAGGGUUCGCAUUGUCAAGGGUGUGGCUCAUGCUUUGUCAUACAUGCAUCAUGAUUGUUUGCCUCCAAUUGUUCAUCGAGACAUUACCAGUGGUAACAUUUUGCUCGAUACCGACUAUGAGGCUCAUGUUUCAGAUUUUGGCACUGCCAAACUUCUAAAGCUAGACUCGUCGAAUUGGAGUGCUCUUGCAGGCACAUAUGGGUAUAUUGCACCAGAGUUUGCUUCCACAAUGAAGGUAACCACGAAGUGUGAUGUUUAUAGCUUUGGAGUAUUAACACUGGAAGUGAUGAAAGGAAAACAUUCAGGGGAUUAUAUUUCGUCUAUAACAUCUCCAUCAGCUGAGAAAAUAUUAUUGAAAGAUUUGUUGGACCAACGCCUUGAAGGUCCCCUACCUGAAGUUGAGAGAGUGUUGGUAACCAUUAUGAAGGUUGCCAAAGCAUGCUUACAUGCCAAUCCACAAUUUAGGCCAACGAUGCAGGAUGUUUCUAAGCUGCUGUCAACUCAGUGCAUCUGGGAUUAGAUAGUUACAAAUGCUUUCGUGUGGAUUUAUGUUU